AUGCGUCUGCCGCACGGCUGCUGGCCACGGUGGCUGUUAGUAGCAUUGGCCGUUAGGUUGGCUUGGAGCGAGAGACGUGAUGGCUUAGACUUGCAUAUCCUCAGCACAGAUGCUGAAGAUGUCAGGCCUGCGAUGCUGGACGAAGAUCAAGGCAACCUCUCCAACGGCUCCAUCGCAUAUUCCGCACUGCACGCAAGGACGGAGGCGUUCCUGAAAGCUAGCCGCAACUAUCAGGUUCAGGUGAAAGGCCCCCUCAUAGAUGCAACGGAUGUCUAUCUGAAUCGGAAGGACAAGUACGAGCAAAGCAUGCGCAAUCUGGAUGAUGGCGAACGGAAGCAACAUCGGCUCAUCCACAUGAUGCGCACUUCUUUGAAGAAUCAACAUGGGGAGCACAUGGAAGAGUUCCAGAACGUCUUGGAUGCGGAUCUCGAUGAGCUCAAUUCCUCAAACUCCUCCAGUAGCUCAAGCGGCGAAGAUGACGAGGACGAAGAUGAGGACGAGGACAAAGAAGCGGAUGAGGAUGAGGAUGAGGAGGAGGAUGAGGAUGAGGAUGAGGCUGAAGAAGGACCUGAAAAAGACUCGAAAGAUUCGGCGAAGACGCCGGAAGAGUCUGGAUCGAGCAAGGCCAAGCAACCAACGGCGAAGGAGUGCGCAGCCCGGAAGAAGGCAAAGAAAGGCACAGAGAUCUGGUGCGGCUGCAACACGAAUUCCGAGCCCAUCGACAAAGAGGAUGCCUGCGAAGAUCAGGGUGGAGGCCGCAAUACGGUUUGCAAAUGGUCAGCUGAAGCAUCCGCGUGCCUGCCGAAAGGCAAGUGA